GACGCAAGCUCGUGGACGGCCUGGAGCAGGGUCUCAGUGACUGACAGUAGUCGGCUGACUCCCUCUUUCAUGGCCUGCUCCGCACGUGUGUUCAACCGCAGCAGUCCUUCCUUCCCCUCUUCCUUUUCCCUCAGCUUCUGCCUGCAUCUUGCAUGUCCUGGGCAAGGACUUCUGCCCUGCCUGGAAAAGCAGUGUUUCCUUUCCAGUCAUCCAGCAUUUUCUUCCCAGGUUGUUCUCCAUCCUUCUGUGAUGCCCUGUGGCUUAUAGAUUUUCAGUGGAAACUGGGGAUGGCUGUGAGCUCGGAUAGUUGCAGAUCACUGAAGUAUCCUUAUGUAGCAGUGUUGCUAAAAGUGACCGAUCAUUCAGGCCAAAUAAAGAACAAGUCCUUUGAAAUGACAAUUCUGCAAUUUCAGUGGGCCUGACUGAGCCUUGUUCCUGCUAUGGUACUCCUCGUGCAAGUCUACACAACAUCCAACUUUAUGUGAACAAAUUCUUGCCUAAUUUAGGGCUGUUUUUGUUGUAUAUAUCAUUAAUUCUCCUUUUGCUGAACACAGGAGACUUGGAGUGUAUAUAUUUUGUGCAGAUAAAACACUAAGAAACAAUGGUUUGUUUACCAAGAAACAAUACUGUCUCUGAAUCAAAGUAGAUAAAUAAAGGGAAGAUAUGGCACUUCUUUUUCUCUUUUUUCUCUUGUACCCAAGAUCAAAACAAGCUGGUGCAACAAACAUGGUGCUAAAAAACUUUUAGAGAGAUAAUAAGAUGUCCAGGGGUGAGAACAAAGCUCUUAGAAAAGAAGAUGAGUUGUUCUGGAGA